AUGGAAGCCGGGAUUUAUAUAGAUGACGGGUCGGGAAAACCUUGUAUUGUAUCGGAUGUGCCUGUGUUUUACCUUUAUAAUUCACUGGAGGAAGCUUAUAAGAACGAAGGAAAGCUACAGAACUCCGGACUACAAUAUCUUCGUUUUGAGGCACCACCAAUUAUGUUCGAUGCACCUGUUUGCAUUCUUCUUGAGUCAGAAGUCAUCACUAGAAUGCAUACACACAGCAACCCUUUCUCAUUGAACGAAGAUGUUCUCUUUCCUAUAACAAACCGUUGUCCAAUCAAGGUACCUUUUGAAGCAGAAGAGUUCGAAGAAUUCCUUUUUGCUCUUGCACUGUUAAAGAGUGGGAGAGAUCUGGGAACGUUUUCUCCUGUGUCACUUUGCAGCAUAUUGAAGCUGGCUGACUUUUUUGAAUGUCCGAAUCUGAUGCGCUACGUCUUCUCGCAUCUUAACAAUCUCCUUUCUGAAAAAUCUCCGUCGGAUGUGUGUGAAGCCUUCGAUAUACACAACGACUUCAGUCAAGUUCAAAAGCAGCAGAUGGAACGCGAAGGCUUAUGGCAUUUCAACCACUCCCUUUGA